AUUACUGUAUGCUGUGGCUUUCUUUUUGGAAUUCAGCAUGUUCCGAUUCCGAAAACCUCGGACGAUGCUUUUAUGCAUAUUUCUGUCUGCUAAUCCUAACCUCUCCUAGGUGCCUUCUUGCGGUGGCACCUAUUCCAAUCACCCCGGAUGUCUGAUACUGUAAUGUUACUGUUACAUAUACGGAGUACUAUUACUGCUACAUUGAUAUCACAGAGUGUCUUGUGUCACUUCGUAAUCGCAAACGGUUGGCUGGCCUUGUCUCUUGUCUCAGCGGCCCCGCGUCAUACCCGGAAAAUCCAUGGACUACUCGGUAGCUCUCCACAGCUCGGUCUCAAGAUGCAAGGCUGGGGUAUCAUGACGCCGCAAAGCAUAUUAUUCUGUACACGAUUGCGCCAAGCACGGAACAGCAUUCGUCCAAGUGAAAUUUUAUUUUCAAUGUACCAAGUAUACCUAGUGCUUCCAGCGACUACUCAUACUCACUACUCUUUUAGCGAGGCCGCGCUUCUAUGCAGUCAGAUGGACGAUUCCCAAAGCAGAAUUUCCCGUGAUGCUACCAGGGUCGGGAUAUUCAUGUUUCUGUCAUCCAAGAAGUAAGUAGUACGUAUGGCCGGAGGUGGGGUAGUAGUCAAACAGCUGCUGCUCUGUUCAUUGCUCAUAUUCAUUCUUUGACUCUAUUAAUCCAUCGAAAAAGCAUCGUCUCCGUCUUGAAGCACCUUUCUUCCCAAAUGGCCCAAUCAUAAAUCACUAAAAUCAUCGCUUUGAGCUGCCACCACCAAUGUCCUGGCCCAGGCGGUAGCCCGUCACUCGGUCCCACUCGAUCUUCUGCCUCGUCACCGGCAGCUGUCGCCGCAGGCC